AUGUCCAGCUUCUUCGCUCAAGUAAAAUCCGUGCUGAGCGGUGACACCCUCAUCCUCGCCAACCCCAAGAACCCAGCGGUCGAGCGCCAGUUUUCUCUUGCCUAUGUCACUGCUCCUCGUUUGAGCAAGGAUGGCGACGAGCCAUUCGCCUUCCAGUCCCGCGAGUUUCUCAGGGAACUGACCCUCGGCAAGCCCAUCAAGUGCACUGUUCUUUACACCAUCCCCAACUCCGGCAGGGAAUAUGGCAUUGCGCAACUUCAAGACGGAACCGAGCUUCCAGAGGCUGCUGUCAAGGCUGGCUGGCUCAAGGUCAGGGAGGAUGCUGGCAGGAAAGACGACUCUGAGGAGACCCUCGACAGACUCGACAAGCUUAGGGAAUUCGAGACCCAGGCAAAGAACGAACAAAAGGGCCUUCACGCUGGCAAGGAUGGCUUCAUUGCGGUCCAGAACGACCUCGGUGGCCCUGACUUCCUCAACCAGUGGAAGGGCAAGACCGUGGACGCCAUCAUCGAGAAGGUCAUUAGCGGAGACCGUCUCCUGGCCCGUCUUCUCCUUAGCGACAAGAAGCACUACCAGGUCAUGACUCUCAUUGCCGGUAUCAGGACACCAUCGACUGCCAGGACGAACCCCUCCACUGGCCAGGUGCAGCCUGCUGAGGAAUAUGGCGAGGAAGCCAAGAGAUUCGUCGAGACCCGCCUCCUUCAGCGCAAGUUGAAGGUCAAGAUCGUCGGUGCCAGCCCUCAGGGCCAGCUCGUUGCUGCCAUUCUUCACCCCAACGGCAACAUCGCCGAGUUCCUUCUCCAGGACGGCCUUGCCCGCUGCAACGACUUCCACUCCGUCUUCCUCGGUGCCGAUAUGGCUGCUCUCCGCGCUGCUGAGAAGAAGGCCCAGUCCGCCCAGCUGCGUCUGCACAAGGGCCAUGUUGCCAAGGCCACCGGUGGUGCUAAGGAUCUCGAUGUGACUGUCAGCAAGAUUGUCGGUGCCGAUACCAUCCUUGUCCGGAACAAGGCCGGCGAGGAGAAGAGGCUUAGCUUGAGCAGCAUUCGUGGUCCCAGAGCUGGUGAGCCUUCCGAGGCUCCCUGGAGAGAGGAGGCCAAGGAGUUCCUGCGCAAGAAGGUUAUUGGCAAGCACGUUCGCGUCUCGAUUGACGGUUCCAAGGCUGCCACUGACGACUUCGAGGCCCGUGAUGUUGCCACCGUCACUCGUGAUGGCAAGAACAUUGGUCUGAUGCUUGUUCAGGAGGGUUACGCUACUGUCAUCAGGCACCGCAAGGAUGACACUGACCGUGCUUCCAACUACGAUGAGCUCCUUGCUGCGCAGGAGACUGCUAAGGAAGAGAAGAAGGGUAUCUGGUCUGGCAAGAGCCCCAAGAUCAAGCAGUACAUCGACAUGUCUGAGAGCGCGCAAAAGGCCAAGCUUCAGCUUUCUACCCUCUCGAGGCAAAAGAAGGUUCCCGGUAUUGUUGACUAUUGCAAGUCUGGUUCUCGCUUCACUGUCUUGAUCCCUCGCGAGGGCGUCAAGAUUACCCUGGUUCUUGCCGGUAUCCGUGCUCCUCGUGCUGGCCGCACCCCUAAGGAGCAGGGUGAGCCCUUCGGUAACGAGGCUCUUGAGUUGGCCAACAGACGCUGCAACCAGAGGGACUGCGAGAUUGAUGUUCACGACAUUGACAAGGUCGGCGGUUUCAUUGGUGACCUUUACAUCGGCCGUGAGAGCUUUGCCAAGAUCCUUGUUGAGGAGGGUCUUGCUACCGUUCAUCAGUACUCUGCUGAGAAGUCUGGCAAUGCUGCCGAGCUCAACGCUGCCGAGCAGAAGGCCAAGGAGGCCCGCAAGGGUCUUUGGAAGGACUGGGAUCCUUCCCAGGAUGUCGCUGAGGAGGAGGAGGAGGCUGCUCAAGCUGCCCCCGAGGUUGAGCUCACCAUCAGGGAGAAGCGCAACGACUACCGUGACAUCGUCAUCACCAAUGUCGAUGCCAACGGCAAGCUCAAGAUCCAGGAGGUUGGCCCGGGCACUGCUGCCUUGACUACCCUCAUGAACGAGUUCAAGAAAUACCACAGCAACCCUGCCAACAAGAAAUCCCUGCCUGACGCUCCCAAGACUGGUGAGCUUGUCGCCGCUCAGUUUACCGCCGAUGGCGAGUGGUACAGAGCUCGCGUCAGGUCCAACGACCGCUCGGCCAAGGUUGCCGAGGUCGUCUACAUUGACUACGGUAACUCGGAGAAGCAGCCCUGGUCUAAGCUCCGCCCUCUUGACGCUCAGUUCGGCGUCCAGAAGCUCAAGGCCCAGGCCAUUGAUGCUUCCCUGUCCUUCGUCCAGCUUCCUUCCGCCACUCACUACCUUGAUGAGGCCAUCAACAUCAUCUACGAGUUGACCGAGGGCAGGCAGCUCGUCGGCAGCUUUGACUUCAUCGACAACAAGGAGGGCCUCAGCUACAUCACCAUCUACGACCCCAAGGAUGCCAAGGACCCCGAUUCGUCGCUCAACCGUGAGAUUCUUUCGACUGGCUACGCCAUGGUUCCCAUGAAGCUCAAGCCGUGGGAGAGGAGCCCCGUGUUUGAGAAGACGCUCAAGUCGUACAAGAAGGCUCAGGAUGAGGCCAAGGACUCGCGUCUUGGUAUGUGGGAGUAUGGCGAUAUCACUGAGGACUAG